AUGGCGGCGCCCGUCCUGCUGCGAGUGUCGGUGCCGCGCUGGGAGCGGGUGGCCCGCUCCGCGGUGUGCGCGGCCGGCAUCCUGCUCUCUCUCUACGCCUGCCACCUGGAGCGGGAGAAGGGCCGCGACCUCCACUACCAGGCCCUGUGCGACCUCAGCGAGCGGGUCCGCUGCUCCGCCGCCAUCACCUCCAGAUGGGGUCGAGGAUUCGGUCUGUUGGGUUCCAUCUUUGGAAAGGACAGUGCAAUAAAUCAGUCAAACAGUGUUUUUGGACUCGUGUUUUAUAUACUACAAAUGCUACUUGGUAUGACAGCAAGUGCAGUAGCAGCUCUAAUCCUCAUGACAUCCUCCAUAGUGUCUGUAGUAGGGUCAUUGUACUUGGCAUACAUUCUGUACUUCGUGCUGAAGGAAUUUUGCAUUGUCUGCGUCAUCACAUAUUUGCUGAACUUCAUUCUCUUUAUCAUCAACUACAAACGACUAGUUUAUUUGAACGAGGCCUGGAAACGGCAACUCCAGCCCAAACAGGAAUAACGCCUGUUUGAACUUUUGACUGACAGUCUGAAGACCCAACUUCCAUUAAGUUUAUUUUGCAGUAAUUUUUUAUUCUCCAUAUCAGACACUUUCCCUGAGAAUCAUAACUGAAUUUUUGAUUAUAAAUUUGAAGGGGCCCUAGAUAAUUUUUUUUGUGCUAAUCUUCAAUUUAAAUGUGGUUAUGAAAGAAAGCUCUAAUACAAUCAAAGACAAGCUUUAACUUUACUUUGAAGGAGUUUUAGCCACAGCAAAACCUAGACUCUCUUCCCCCUCCACUUGUGAAGUGGGUAACACUUGCUAUAAAAUAUCCUGUAUAUAAAUUCAGGUAUAACAAGAUGUGAUCAUGACAUUAAAUAUUCUAGACUAGCAUUACCAUAUUUAAUGUUGCCAUGUUUACAGUAUGUGUAUUACUUUUUUUUUUUAGCUGAUGGACUUAGAUUUGACUAGGACUUAUACUGUAAAUAAAAUUAGAAAUAUUGGUUUCAUCCCUGGAGAACUCACCGUACGAUCAGUUUUGUUAGCCUAGGAGCUGUCAGAGUGUUCAGCUAAUAGACAACUGACAUGAUGGAAGAAGUGACCUCUGUAGAGAACACUGUGUUGCUGCACUCACUGCUAGUGCUUUCACAAGAAUGAUGGUUGGGUUUUGUUCCAUUUCUUUUUUUUUUUUUUUGUCUCCAGUAAUGAAAAUGGAAUUAAAGCUGAAACCUGAAGUAUGUUCAUUAAACCACAACUUCAUCAAUUUCUGUACAGAAUGAAAAUAGCUUAAUGUGGUCAAUAGAAAGCUGCCACUGGGAUAUUCUAUGCAGAUUGGGGGUUGGUGUAUCAAAGAGUGUUCUUUGAAAGUACUUAAUUUCCAUGCAGAGCUGUUUCAUUUUUAAACUGCGGUCAGACAGCCAGUGUUAGUAAUGUUUGAUGUUAUAUGAAUGCUGCAGUAUAGAAUUGCAAUUUGCAGUGGAAACCACUGGCUGAGCGGGAUAACCAAGUAGUGCACUGAAGAAGCAGUUACUUAAUUGAUCUUCGUCAGGAUCUUUGGUUUGUGCUAUAUUGGGAAAUGAACUUUAGGCCUGACACACGUAAGAUCUCUUGGAAGGGCAACCUGUUUAGUGGGAUAAGUAAGUAAAUGCGCUCCUGAAAAUGAAAUGUGAUAUAGUGCUAUCAUUGCUCUUUCUAAUAACUAAUUGAAAAAAAAUUCAACUGCAGAUUUAAACAAAGGAACAAAAUUGUAAAUGUUGUUUCUGCACUCAGUAUUCUAAGGCUGAAUGUUAAAAGUGCCUUCUGUCUUAAAAUCUUAAACCAAAUACUUUGUGUUGAACUUGGCAGGCAGAAGUGUCCUUGCUUUAAAAAUGAACAAACAAACAAACAAACACAAUUCCCAGCAAACUUGCUGGGGAUAGAAGAGUAUUAAGAGAUCUAUUUUAGUUUUUAGACUGAGGAGUGGUAGCAAUAUUGUUUCAGUUAAUUGAAAUCAAUGCGAUAGAACGUUGAUGAUGUGAUUGGGAAAAGUAAAAUACUUGUGUUUCAGACACUGUGACACCAAAAUGUAUGGGUUCAGCUACUUCUGUAAUUGGUGCUGUGCUGCUUUUUGCCCUUGUCAGCUUCUAAAUAUGAACAAUUCCAACUGCGUACCCAUUUAUUUAAAGAAUUAGUUUAACUAAUUUUAGGAUAUUUUUCUUAAACGUGAAUGUCAGAGAGACAGUUAUGUUGUAUGGCUAAGUGGAUUAUAAACACUAAGUUGCUGAGGAUAAACUUGACUGUGAAACAUGCAGUGUUCCGUAGAGAAAAUAGAAUUUUUUAGAUUGAAUUCCAAAAUAGUAUUUAAAUUACUACUGAAGUAAUAUUCUGGUUUGUAUCAAGGAUGUAGGUGGAAACUGCUUUUAUGUAUAGAGUUCUGUGGUAUGAGUAACAUCUGUUGCAUGUAACACUAAAUUACUUGUCCCUUUUGUCUAACAGUUUUAGACAACAAUUCAUUAAAUGCGUUUUGUAUUGA